AUGAACGGACAGAUGAAUGGCUUCCACAACUCCCUCAUCGAUGAGGACUGCUUCUUGUUCACCUCAGAGUCGGUCGGAGAAGGACAUCCCGACAAGAUCUGUGAUCAGAUCAGCGAUGCAGUUCUGGACGCCCACCUCAAGCAGGAUCCCGAUGCCAAAGUUGCAUGUGAAACUGUUGCCAAGACUGGAAUGAUCCUGUUGGCCGGUGAGGUGACGUCCCGAGCCACGGUGGACUACCAGAAAGUUGUCCGCGACACCAUCCGCCAAAUUGGGUACGACGACUCCUGCAAAGGCUUCGACUAUAAGACCUGCAAUGUUCUUGUGGCCUUGGAGCAGCAGUCUCCUGACAUUGCUCAGGGUGUUCACAUUGAUCGCAAUGAGGAGGACAUUGGUGCCGGGGACCAGGGCUUGAUGUUUGGAUAUGCCACUGACGAGACUGAGGAGUGCAUGCCUCUCACAAUUGUCCUUGCCCACAAGCUGAACGCUAAGAUGGCUGAGCUGCGUCGCAAUGGCACCCUUCCAUGGCUGCGGCCAGACUCAAAGACACAGGUCACCGUCCAGUACCGUCAGGACCGUGGUGCCAUGCUUCCAGUGCGCGUGCACACAAUUGUCGUCUCUGUUCAGCAUGAUGAGGAUAUUUGCCUGGAGGAGAUGAGAGAUGCCCUGAAGGAGAAAGUCAUUAAGGCCGUGGUUCCCUGCAUCUACUUGGAUGAUGACACCAUCUACCACCUGCAGCCCAGCGGGAGAUUCGUUAUUGGAGGCCCACAGGGUGAUGCUGGACUGACGGGACGUAAAAUCAUCGUCGACACUUAUGGAGGCUGGGGAGCUCAUGGUGGUGGUGCCUUCUCUGGAAAGGAUUACACAAAGGUUGACCGCUCUGCUGCAUAUGCUGCACGCUGGGUAGCCAAGUCUCUGGUUAAGGCUGAGCUCUGCAGGAGAGUGUUGGUCCAGGUGUCCUAUGCUAUUGGAGUUGCCCAUCCCCUCUCCAUUUCAAUCUUCCACUAUGGGACCUCCAACAAGAGCGAGAGAGAGCUGCUUGACAUUGUGAAGAGGAACUUCGAUCUCCGUCCUGGAGUCAUUGUCAGGGAGCUGGAUCUGAAGAAGCCCUUGUAUCAGAGGACUGCAGCCUAUGGCCACUUUGGCCGAGACUCCUUCCCAUGGGAGGUGCCCAAAAAACUCAAAUACUAAACCUGUUAAGCUUUUCCCCCCAGGCUUGUUGGUGUAUACUACAGAGAAGCCUCCAAGGUUCCAGGGGGUGAAAUGCACUUAUCUCUCUCAUUAAUAUGGUAUCAUUUAACACAUGACUCCCUUCCUCACUCCACUUCUUUCCUUCUGUCUUGUUGCCAUUUUCUGCUGGUUGCAGUGUUACACUGGGUCAUAGGAGGCAUGCCUCAGAAACUUGAUGUUUUAAGAAUUGGAUGGGUUCCAUGAACUCAUGCGCCGUAGUACUUCAUGUUUUUUCUCAUGUCUUGAGGUUCCCCCGCUUCUCGUUGUGAUAGGCCCUGAAUAGCAGCCAUCAGUUGUUCUCCUUUUGCCAUUCCACACUCAGUAUCGUCAGUCUUAUAUUCGGUGUCAUGGCGGUAGCAUAUUAGGCUAUAUGCGAUACCCCUCUUAAUUUACUGGUGCUACUGAUGUAAGGAGUCUGCAACUAUUCAAGUUCGUUUGGAAGCAUAAUUUGAUAGUUGGAAGGUCCUCUGAUCUGGCUUCUUCCCAAACAAGUUGAGCUUCUUUCUAAACAUUCCUCCGUUUGUCCACCUGGUACAAUUAUUCCCUGACCCAGUGUUCUUUAUCCCCCUUUGUUCGCUUUAUUCCCUCGUCUUUGUGGAGGAUGCUAGAAUGGCACAAUUAAAAUUCUGGGGUUGUCGCUGUUUUCACAUUAAAAAAUGCUAUGCAUUGCAGGCUAAGGGGCGAGCCAAAUCCUAAUUAUUCAAGCUCUCAAAUGAGCGAAAGCCUCAGAUGCCUCUACAGACCUUUGCUGUUUUCUGACGUAAUACAGAAAAGUCAGAAGCUGCUAUGUCACUGCUCUGGUCUUUAGAGGUAUUGUUAUACUUGAUAGUGAUUUAAAAUUGGAUUGUUUGUGCAUUGAAAUCGAAUUUUAAAUGAGUCCUUUUUUUAAAUGUAGGUUCACUCGCUUUUUUUAUGGUUUGAUGUGACUAAAGGCCCUUUUACUCCCAAAGUGUAUUGAUGGCAGGUGUGGCUACAGAGAAACCUGGUUCCCAUCUUUCUGCUUAGUGGGGUGAGAGUCUUAUUGGCUAGGAUUCAAACCUCAACACUAUUUAUUUGUUCUCUGAAACGUGGCGUGGAUACAGAGAAGCCGUGGUUUCAGAAGGCAGCUUUAAACACACUUGGUUUUUGAAUAUCUAAUUCCUUUUGACUUGAUCAUUUUUCAGUGUUGCUUGAGGCUCCAGAGUGUUGUACAGAAAAGCUUUGGUCCGCCCUCAACUGGCUACUGUUAAUGGGGAUUUUACAACUUUUUUUUUUUUUUUUUUUUUUUAAUUUGUGGACUGCAGCUCUUCAUUUUUAGAUGGGUUUAGAUUCAAAAUCCCACUCAAAUGUCCGGUGCAAUUCUUUGGCUCUCGUAUCCUCAUGAAUGGAAUGGCAACAUUUGGUUGGUGUAGUACAGAGAAACCAGCCUCGUUUACAUGGCCAUCCCAUGUGUGGGAUCGAGUUUCAAGUUUUGGUUUUGUUCUCUUUUAUCACUCCGAAGUCAUCCCGUUGGCUACAGUAAGUGUAAGAGUGCCUUUUCUAUUUCCUCUACUCCCUGUUUGCUUUUCUGCCCUCCUACCCACAUACAUUCAACUUCCAGAGGAACAAGUAGCUUGUGCUGUAUUACGCUUCAUGUCUAGACUGAGUAGUAGUUUCCUUAUGCUCUGUAAUAAACUACUCCUUUCAAAUCUC